UUAGAAGCACUCUAAAACUUUCUUUCUGCCACGAGCCAGCUCUUCUCUCUCUAGAAAUUCCUUCUUGAUUGCCAAGACUCCAUCUUUAACAUGGAUCCGAUUCAAUCGAACGAUAUUCAGGAAUACCCACAAACCCUAAUCUCAGAGCCCAGCGAUUCUCUAAUGCAAGAUGCCAAUGAGUCUGUGUUCGAUUCGAUGGUUUGCGACUCCACUUCAAGGCUCAUCACAACUGGAUUUACCAAAAAAACAGAAGAGGAAUGUUUCAUGUUUGUAAAUGCUGGAGGGGAUGCUUUCAGUGAAGCAGCUGGAGGAAUAACGUUCCUGGGCGACACCUAUUUUGAUGGUGGCAACGUUAUGCGGACCAACGAGCGAAUAGUGGAGGGUGGAGACUACCCAUUUAUCUAUCAAUCGGCUCGGUUGGGAAGUUUUUGUUAUAGGUUUGAAAAUAUUCCUCCUGGAGACUAUGUUGUUGAUCUUCAUUUUGUGGAAAUCAUUAACAUAAAUGGGCCAAAAGGAAUGAGGGUGUUCAAUGUAUACAUCCAAGAUGAAAAGGUUCUGUCUGAAUUGGACAUCUAUGCAAUUGUUGGAGCCAAUAAGCCUCUACAGUUGGUUGAUUCAAGUGUAUCUGUUAAGGAUGAUGGGGUGAUUCUCAUAAGAUUUGAAGGUAUAUCUGGAAGCCCAGUCGUAAGUGGAAUUUGCAUUAGGAGAGCAACGAAGGCCUCAGUUCCACAAGUGACAAGUGAUCACAUUGAAUGUAGCUACUGUGCUGCACAGAUUGAAAUUCCUUCAUCACAGAUGAAACUUAUGCAGGCAAAGUCUAUCGCAAAGUAUGAGAGUAAGAUAAAGGAGCUCACAAUGCAGUGUGAUCUUAAGGCAAAAGAAUGCUAUGAGGCAUGGAUGUCAUUAACUGUGACAAAUGAGCAAUUGGAGACAGUCCAGAUGGAACUUGACAAAGUGACAAUUAAGUCACAUACUACUGAUCAAACUGUGGAGAAACAAGCUGAAAGCCUGAGGAAUAUUUCUAAUAUGUAUGAGCUUGAUAAGAAGAAAUGGGCAGAUGCAAUUUGCAGUUUACAAGAAAAGAUAAAGUUGAUGAAAAGUGAUUAUUUAAAACUUUCCUUUGAAGCGCAUGAAUGUGUUGAUUCGAUUCCUGAAUUAAAUAAUAUGGUUUUUGCAGUUCAGGAAUUGGUCAAACAGUGUGAAGAUCUCAAAGUGAAGUACAACGAAGAGAUGACAAAGAGAAAGAAACUCUUCAACGAAGUUCAAGAGGCUAAAGGGAACAUUCGGGUUUUCUGCCGAUGCCGUCCAUUGAAUAAGGCUGAAAUGUCAGCUGGAUACAAUACGGUUGUGGAUUUUGAUGCAGCAAAGGAUGGAUGCCUUGGAAUUUUGACAAGUGGCUCCGUCAAAAAAUCAUUCAGAUUUGACAGAGUUUAUACACCAAAAGAUGAUCAAGUUGAUGUUUUUGCUGAUGCAUCAUCAAUGGUAAUCUCUGUACUGGAUGGCUACAAUGUUUGUAUCUUUGCUUAUGGGCAAACCGGAACAGGGAAAACGUUUACCAUGGAAGGAACACAGCAGAACAGAGGAGUAAAUUACAGGACUCUUGAGCACUUGUUUAAAGUUAGUAAGGAAAGGAGUGAAACUUUUUCAUAUAACAUAUCUGUUAGUGUUCUUGAGGUUUAUAACGAACAAAUCAGAGACUUAUUGGCUACUGGACAAACAUCAAAAAGAUUGGAGAUAAAACAAGCUUCUGAAGGAUAUCAUCAUGUUCCUGGUGUAGUAGAAGCCAAAAUUGAUAGCAUAAAUGAAGUGUGGAGUGUACUGCAGACCGGAAAUAAUGCUAGAGCAGUUGGAAGUAACAACGUUAAUGAGCAUAGCAGUCGAUCUCAUUGCAUGCUAUGUAUAACAGUAAAGGCUAAAAACUUGUUGAAUGGAGACUGUACCAAGAGCAAGCUUUGGCUCGUGGAUUUGGCAGGUAGUGAGAGACUUGCAAAGACUGAUGCUCAAGGGGAACGGCUUAAGGAAGCACAAAAUAUUAAUCGAUCUCUUUCUGCUCUUGGAGAUGUAAUAUCUGCUUUGGCAGCUAAAAGUAGUCACAUUCCAUAUAGGAACUCUAAACUCACACAUUUACUUCAAGACUCACUAGGAGGUGACUCCAAAACUCUGAUGUUUGUACAAAUAAGUCCAUCAGACCAGGACCUAGGUGAGACCCUGAGCUCGCUUAAUUUUGCAACUAGAGUGAGGGGUGUUGAGUUAGGCCCUGUUAAGAGGCAAAUUGAUACAAGUGAACUUCAAAAGUUGAAAGCAAUGCUCGAAAAAGCACGGAGUGAUUGCAGAAUUAAAGAUGAAUCUAUGCGAAAACUUGAAGAAAACUUGCAAAGCUUGGAGAGUAAGGCCAAAGGCAAGGACCAGAUUUACAAAAAUUUACAAGAAAAGAUUAAAGAACUUGAAGGACAGAUUGAGUUGAAGAAAGCCAUGCAAAGUGAAUCAGAGAAGCAAGUCUCUCAAUUAUCUGACAAAUUGAGAGGGAAAGAAGAAACCUGCAGUUCUCUCCAACAAAAGGUGAGAGAGCUAGAGAAAAGGAUGAAAGAACAACUGCAGUCAGAGUCAGCAAGUUUUCAGCAGAAGGUGCAGAAGGUUUGGGAUCUAGAGAAAAGGCUGAAAGAUCAGAUGCACGAGUCUGACUCUGAAUCUGCCAUUUUGAAAGAUAAGAUAAAGGAGCUUGAGAGGAAACUGAAAGAGCAGGAGAAGAGCUCAAUGGUCAUGCUUCAUCAACAGAUGAAGGAAUUAGAGGACAGAUACAGAGAGCGAGAGCAACAGUGGCAACAAACACACAGUUAUGUGGAUGCAGUAAGGGCCACACCGGAUAUAGGUAAAAGCUUCAUGAAUGAAGAAUGUCCAAGCGAGAUUGAGGCUGGCAUUUUAAGGUGUUCAGACUCAGUAAACCGGCAGACAAGCCAAGGUUCUUCUUUGUUCAAAGGAAGUGAUUCUACUAAUAAGAUAAGAAGCAGAACAAGAGAGUUCAGAAGCAAUGACGAAAACAACUACGUAAUGUCUUCAUCAUCAUUGCACGAUAGAAGAAGAGUCACUAGGAAAUCUGAUCCACCCAAAAUAAUCAGGAGUGUGAGGCCAACACCAAGACCAGCCACUGGUAAUCAAGCUCCAGUGUCUCACAAGAGAACUAGCACAAGCAGAGAUCAGGUUCCAGGAAUAAGAGAGAGGGAAAGUAAGAAGAAAAUUUGGUCAUGAUAGUAGAUCAGAUCAAACUUUCAAAAGGGGCUGCUCGCUCCUGAUCAUAUUCAAAUACUGUUUGUAUUUUUAUUUUUAUCAUAUAGAAUUCAUAUGUCUGUGCUGCAAAUCCUGUUUUCUGUUUAGGAAAAUACAAUGUAUGAAA